GAAGGAGGCGCCGGGGGAGCCCUGGCAAAACCCCCGGCAUUCACACUGGGCUUUUUGCGUUACAUCACAAACGGCGAGCAUAAAUCGGACGAGCCAUGGCGACACUCAGUUGGGCGCUGGACGACACAAGGCGAGGAAGCACCAUGCGGACACGGGGCGGUGCGGAGACACGCGGACGCAGCAACGAGGAGCUGAGCGCCGAGCGCGCGCCGUGUGACGGAGCCAUGCGCUUACUACUGCACUGGCGCCUGGCAUGACCUUCAACUAGGCGACUCGGUGGAUGCGCACUUCUCACGUGUGCUACUGCGAAAUCGACUCGUCGUGUGGAGCGGCCCGUUCGGCAACCCGAACUUCUCAAGCAGGACACUGUUUACUAGUGCUUUAUAGUCAGGAUCAGGGGUUUGGCGCUUUGCACGAGCGGACGUUCGCGCCAGGCUCUCCAGGAUUUACACCCGAGAUACCCUCGCGCGCCAGAUCACAUGGAUAACAUGGAUAACGUGCCUCACUUUCUGGCCAUGUGCGUGCUAUUUUUCGCUCUCGGCUUCCGGAUAGAAGGCGGCUCGUGUCAGCACCACACAUCAAUGCACUACCUCCUCCGUCCUAUCCCUAGCGACAGCCUGCCUGUCGUGGUGCUCAAGGAAGACCCCGAUCCCGUGCUCGACCCCAGAGAGCGCGACCUGAAUGAGACGGAGCUGCGCAGCAUGCUGGGCGCGCACUUCGACGCGCGCUUCAUGUCCGUCGUGUCACCCGAGGAGAAGCGCGAAGACCAGGGCAUGGACACUGACGGGACCAGACAGCAGUUUCUGCAGCGGUCCAUGCCCAAAGAGAUCCGCGCGUUGGACUUCGACACGGCGCACGACGCCAAGAAACACAACAAGAAGCUGCGCAGGCGCCUCCAGCUGUGGCUCUGGUCGUACGCCUUUUGCCCGGUGGUGUACGCGUGGCAGGACUUGGGCAGCCGCUUCUGGCCGCGCUAUGUCAAAGUGGGCAGCUGCUUGACAAAGCGCUCGUGUUCGGUGCCCGAGGGCAUGAUGUGUAAACCUUCCAAGUCUGUGCACUUCACGCUGCUGCGCUGGCACUGCAUGUCCCGGCGCACAUCCAAGUGCACAUGGAUCCCCGUGCAGUACCCAGUCAUAUCCGAGUGCAAGUGCUCCUGUCCGAACUGAACCCGAACCGAACCGAACCGAACCCGCGGGUUACCCUGUCUCUCAAGCACUGCCCGAAGUGUAGGAAUGUCUCUGCGAUGUAUAUGUGGUGUUAUUUUAAACAUUUUAUGUUGUUUAUACCUUGUAAAAGAGGUCAGUAUUUACUUAUAUCCAGCGUCUACUGUAUUUGUUGAGCAUACUCUGGGUUAAUGUAUUUAUGUGGAGAAAAUUUCGCGCUGCGAAAAAUUAAAGGACAUUUUUACUGAAGGAAUUGUAAGCUUUUUUUUCCAUUAUUCGGAAAAAAAUAUAUAAGUUUUUAUAGACCUCAAAUAAAGUAUGAAUUACGGUGUAAUUGUUACAGCUUAAUUGUUACAGCUGUGAAUAUAAAGUGGCAAUAGAGUAAUCAUAAACCUGUAAAUUAAGAGAAACACCUAUUUAUUCUUUAUUUCCAUGUAGUCCAAAGUCAUUUGAAAUAAAACCACUUAAACUGCA